CCAUAUUUAAGCGGCGGCGGCGGCGGCGGCGGGGCCCGGUGCCCGCUUCGCCGCCGCCGCCGCCAUGGGCAAGGACUACUACCGCACGCUGGGGCUGCCGCGCGGCGCCUCGGCCGAGGACGUGAGGCGCGCGUACCGCCGGCAGGCGCUGCGCUACCACCCGGACAAGAACACGGAGCCCGGCGCCGAGGAGCGCUUCAAGGAGGUGGCCGAGGCCUACGACGUGCUCAGCGACCCGCAGAAGCGCGAGAUCUUCGACAAGUACGGCGAGGAAGGACUGAAAGGCGGCGGCGCCCCGUGCGGCGGUACCGGCGGUAGCACCACCACCACCGCCGCCAACGGCCCCCGCUUCAGCUACACCUUCCGCGGCGACCCGCGCGCCAUGUUCGCCGAGUUCUUCGCCGGCCGCAACCCCUUCGACGCCUUCUUCGCCGCCCCCGACGACGCGGAGGCCGACGACGGCUUCGGCGUCUUCGCCCGGCCGCCCGGGGCCGCGGCGGCGGCGGGGGGGUGCCGCCGCCAGGACCCCCCCGUGCUCUACGACCUCCACGUGUCCCUGGAGGAGGUGCUGAGCGGCUGCACCAAGAAGCUGAAGAUCUCGCGCCGGCGCCUCACCGCCGACGGGCGCACGGUGCGCAGCGAGGACAAGAUCCUCGCGGUGGAGGUGAGGCCCGGCUGGAAGGCCGGCACCCGCGUCACCUUCCCCGGCGAGGGCGACCAGACGCCCACCAACGUCCCCGCCGACGUGGUGUGCGUGCUGCGCGACAAGCCCCACGGCGUCUUCCGCCGCGACGGCGCCGACCUCGUCUACCCCGCCCACAUCAGCCUCCGCGAGGCGCUGUGCGGCUGUACAAUCCAGGCGCCCACGCUGGACGGCCGCACCAUCCCCGUGGCCUUCCAGGAGGUGCUGCGGCCCGGGGCCAAGCGCCGGCUGCCCGGCGAGGGGCUGCCGUUCCCCCGCGACCCCGAGCGCCGCGGCGACCUCGUCCUCGAGUUCCACGUGCGCUUCCCCGAGCGCAUCCCGCCCGCCGCCAAGCCCCUCCUCGAGCAGAUCCUGCCCCCCUAACCCCCACCGCGCCCCCCCUUCCGUCUUUGUCCCAUCGCCAGGGACCAAAGCGCCGUUUGGGGACAUUUUUUUCCCCCAUUUCGGCACUUUUGUCCCCCCCGAACGCUGGACGGUGACAAAAAACACCCGCGUGGCGUCGGUUUUUUGGCACAGCUCCGGUUUGGCUGCUUUAAUGGGGUGUUUUGAGGGUUUUUUUUUUUAGAUAUCGGGGUUUUUUUGAUGGGGGAAUUUGAAGAAACCCUCAAACGCCCCCGUAAACACUGGGAUUUUUGGAUGGGGGGGUUGAAAAACCCCCAACCCCCCCCCCGUUAACACCGGGAUUUUUGGAUGGGGGAGUUGAAAAACCCCCAAACCCCCCUGUAAACACCGGGAUUUUUGGAUGGGGGAGUUGAAACCCCCCCAACCCCCCCUAUUAACACCGGGAUUUUUGGAUGGGGGGGUUGAAAAACCCCCAAACUCCCCCAUUAACACUAGGAUUUUUGGAGGGGGGGGUGUUGAAACCCCCCCCAAACCCCCUUGUUAACACCGAGAUUUUUGGAGGGGGGUUGAAACCCCCCCAAACCCCCCAGUAAACACCGGGAUUUUUGGAGGGGGGAGUUAAAACCCCCUAAACCCCCUGUAAACACUGGGAUUUCUGGAUGGGGGGGUUGAAACCCCCCCCCCAAAUGCCCUGUUAACACCGGGAUUUUUGGAUGGGGGAGUUGAAACCCCCCCCAAACCCCCCCAUUAACACCGGGAUUUUUGGAGGGGGGGUUGAAACCCCCCCCAAAUGCCCUGUUAACACUGGGAUUUUUGGAUGGGGGAGUUAAAAACCCCCUAAACCCCCCGUUAACACCAGGAUUUUUGGAUGGGGGGGUUGAAACCCCCCCAAACCCCCCCAUUAACACCAGGAUUUUUGGAGGGGGGGGUUGAAACCCCCAAACCCCCUUGUUAACACCAGGAUUUUUGGAGGGGGGGUUGAAAGCCCCCCCCAAACGCCCUGUUAACACCGGGAUUUUUGGAUGGGGGAGUUGAAACCCCCCCAAACCCCCCUGUUAACACCGGGAUUUUUGCAUGGGAGAGUUGGAGAAAACCCCCAAACGCCCUGUAAACACCGGGAUUUUUGGAUGUGAGAGUUGAAAAACCCCAUAAACACCGGGAUUUUUGGAUGGGGGAGUUGAACCCUCCCCCCAAACCCUCCGUUAACACCGAGAUUUUUGCCGGGGGGGGGGUCGAACCCUGAUUUUUGCCGGGGUUUUGCCCCCCCCCCAUUCCACCUUGUGUACAGAUUUAUAUAUAUAUAUUUUUUGUACAAAACUCUGUAAAAUUGAUUUGUAAUUAGUAAAAAAGGGAGCGUUCUA